GGCAAAUGAACACAUCAUGAAUCUGAGUUCUAUCCCAGGAUAUGUUGCGCACCAGGAGGAGCGUAGAAGUAUCAAGGAGGCUGGUGCUGAAGCUGGUGAUGCAUUGCUUCCGACUGGAGGAGGUGUUAAUAUGCAUUCUCAGGAGAUGGAGGUCGAGGUAUGGAACACGACCUUCAUUUCUGCUUCUGCUUCGUCUCUGCUGUCUGCUGAAAAGCCACUUGCGAGUGCGCCAGCACCUACGGUUGCUUCGGUUGCUUCUCUAGAGCAUGAUGCUGCGCCAGUGGAGAACGUUGCUGCAGACGAUGCGCAAGUGGCAGAUGAAUAUGAUUCAGGCAGAAACCAAGAAGACGUCGAUAGUGCCGGUCUAUCCUCGUAUUGGCAUCAACACCAGUCCGAGGAGGUAGAUGAGGGAGGACAUCACAUGUAUUCUUUUUCUCCACCACCUCUUCUUCAGCCAAGACGAGAGGCGUCACAACCUCUUCGCCCAAUUAUUCCUGCUUCUUCAACAACCACAAACAAGACAGAAGUAGGCGAUUUUUCAUCCUCGUCUAGAUCUUUCUGCUCGUUCUCGGGAGGACUCGCUUCUCUGGGAGGUUGUACGGACUCAGAUUUUUUUACUCGUGCUGACGAACAACCGCGGAGUCUGCCGCCCGAGCGCGAUCCUCGACAUUCUUUUGGCUCGGCAGUCGAGCUUUUCGAUGACAUUUUGAUGCCACCACGUAGCUAUAUUCAUUCUCAACCAGUAGACCACAAUCCUGAUGUUGAGGACCAAGAAGACCAUCCUCUUCAUACACUUAAGCAUUGGCAGCUUUUGGUGUUUCUGUCUAAGAUUCCGAUGUCUUGACUCUCCUAAGUGGUAAGAGGAUUAAUACAAACGGGGAACAGAAACACCAAGGAAGGCCUUCGCUCUAAUAUACCGAUUUCUUCUGGUCCUCAUGUUUGGUUUUUAGAGAGUUACACUGCGUGGAGCUCACCUCAGGGCGAUGCAGGUACCAAGCAUCGUCGAUCUUGGGGUCCUUUCUAUCGGGAGGGUGACGCUAUUUCUGCUGCUGACUACUUGUUGACGAAACUGGUGCGUAGGCAGACUUGUAGACUUGGUCGUGGAGUUAGUCGUGGACAAAGGGCAAGUGUAGUUGACCGCGUGAGUGAUGCACCGAUCACGUCAAGCAACUGUGGUAGUACGACUCCGACGAGCCAAGCACCUAGGGCAACUCCUUCCGCUACCUCACUACCUGCCUCACCUGAGACGAGAAGUGAUCCAGCAGCGACUGAUAGGACCACGCAAGGAAACACUCCAUCAACAGGAGAUGUGCUGCAAGUAGACGCACAGGUAGAUGAUAUCCCCUCAGGGAACGGUUCAGUUGGGAGGAGCGGCGCAGGUGCUGUAGUCGAACAACCUCAACUAGGUCAAUCCACUUGCACCACCGCAGCAGAUCUACGAGCGAAUUCUGCGGCGAACGAAAAUGAUGCAUCUCAGGAGGCUACGACAGAAACACGAGGUUCUUCAGGUUCUUCAGCAGAGUCACAGAACGUCCCCCACCUCGACAAUAACGACAGCCGUUCCAACCAGCGUGAUGUUGACCAAAGAGCUGCGACAGAGCACAGCAGCAGCAGCAGCAGUGUAGUCGAGAAAGAAGAGUACAAGCGUCCACCCACUCUUCUUACCGAUGAAACCGAAGCUGAGAGUAUGCUAGCGUCUUACAUCCGGCGCACCUUCCAGGGACCUGGCUCUCCAUCUACUUCUCUCUCGACAUCGUCCGAGCUCUUUAGCACUUAUGAUAGCACCACUAUGAAUAAUGGUGGAGGAUUUCCUGGUGGCCCUCUUCAACAGCAGUACUACAAUGCGUACAACCCACCUCGAUCAUUUUCGCUUGGUUCGCGAGCACCGACUCCAAAUUAUCCACCUGGGUGGAUCCCGCCUCCCCAAGUAGAGCCUCAACCAGUACCGACGGGCUCAUCUGACGAUGACACGUCAUCUAGAACUGAGCCUCAACCAGUGCCGACUGGCUCAUCUGACGAUGACACGCCAUCUAGAAGACUCGUCUCUUGCUGUUCAGAAGACCUUCUGGAAAUAGAUACUCGCUUGUCGCCGCCUGAGAAUGGGACUUUGAUCGUGUUCCCUGAUGGCAACGAGACUCACUUUAUAGACAUCGAUCGGGUUGACCUCGUGACAACUCAUCAUUUAGUAGACGCAGAUGAGGAGGAGAGUCUGCAUAGUAGGAUAGGACAUGAACAUGAUGUAGUAUAUCAUGAUGGCGUCGAUGGAGGUGGAGAUCAACUUCAACAUGCUCAUUGGGAAGGCUACUAUCAUGAACAUGAACAAGAACAACAACACGUAGAUGAAGAGCACGAAGAUGAUUAUCAUCGCGACUACCACGGGUACGAUUACUUUGCUGGGGAACACAAGUACGUGGAAGAAUAUGGAAAUCUUCAAGAAACGCUCCAUAGUAGCUUUGGCGGACUGGAGCACGAAAUUUCCCAACGCAGCGGUCAACAUUACCACUAUCAAGCAUUAAGGGUAGGUUAAAGGUGCUUUUGUUAUCGUUUGCUAUGGCUCUCGUAAGGGGGACAGCCAUAACCAGCGGGAUAAACGAGCACCAACAGCCUACCUCUAAAAGCAGCUCGCAGCGUCCCUUAUUCCUUCCUGUACGACGAAUAUCCGGCAGCUACAAGCGUGGUCACUUCGUCCACGAUGAGGCAUACUCGUAAAAAGGAAGUAGAGCAGCGAGGAGGGGCUGAGCCGCAGAGGUCGCGAGAUGGUGCUGGAGAAGGUGGUGAACAAUUUAUGAUUUUGAGAGGGUUUUUACUAGAACAAUUAUAAAAAGAACGUUGACUUACUAGAAUUUAUCAUUUUGAAAGGGUUACUAGAAUUUAUCAUUUUGAGAGGGUUACAUACUAGAGUUCUUUCAAUAAAGCGUUGUUGAAGAAAGACGAUGAUUGACCUGGCUUUGGACUUGUUUGAGUUUUUCCAUCAAAUCUGAAGCUCAACAACAUCCUUGUCCCUGUUUCCCGCAUAAACCUCUACGCUAACCAACACGCUGCCGUCAUUUCCUCUUCCGCACACAGUGGCAAAGGCAAAAGUCACGACAGUCCUCUUAGCCCUGGGUACCAUGCCUAUCAUGAUCAACGACAAGGACGUUGUUCAAAUUACCCCUCCUCAAGACGCAGCUCUCAUGACCCUCUCUCUCAUGGCUAUCAGACACGUUACCACGACCAUGAUGAAAAUUCCCAGCACCUUGAUGAGCAGCAUACUUCUGCGGGAGGCACGAGUUGUGGCCCGUGGAGUGGCACGACGACAGACGUGCUGGGCCAGAGUUUCGCGUCAGACCAUUUAGUAGGUACAGAGCAUCAGUUAAGGCUUCCUCCCCCUAAUAUCCAUCUUCGGAAGCAUCUCAGAGACGUUUGCAAGGGGGAAACGGUCUCAAAAUGCGUCUCAAGAUGGAUCAUAUUUGGGUGAGCUCGAAAUCAGGCUCAAGGCCAGGCAGCUCAAGGUCAUCAAGUCCGCGUCGAUCAACAGCCUCGCUCAUGCUCGCGGCAACGUUUGAAGCCGGGGGGAACGUAGUCGGGAUGUGAUAAUCUCAUCAUGAUGUUAGAGAAGAGAAGAUGACUACAUCAGUUAGAUCAACAUGAUUAUAGACAGCAGUUAGAUCAGCAUGAUAGUUCGAUGUUAUGAUAACUUUUCGAUCCG